GGCAUUGUUAAUCCGGUAUUUAAAUAAAUAAUGUAAAAGAACGUGGAUAAAAAAAUGCGUGUGUAUUUUUUGUUUUUAAUAAUAAAUAAAAUAAAUAAAUGCGGGCGUACAGAUUGACCGUUAGAUGGCGGUAAUGCGCCUGCGCCGUUAAAAAAAAAAAAAAAGCAAACAAAGAAGAAACUGAAAUCGGUGGGCGGCACAAACAACCGCCGGCGAUGUUAGCUAAAACAAAUACGCUCUCUCGGCUGGAAAUAACGUUUAACAGUUCACUAAUUUCAACUUCAACUUGGGCGUGAACAUGAGUUCGUUUGCGGGCCGAAUGAAGGAGUAUCCCACCGUUUCUCUGGACCGGUUCGACCGGGAGAACUUACUUUCCCGGGCAUAUUUCCUCUCCCACUGUCACAAAGAUCACAUGAAGGGACUGAAAGGACCGAUACUGAAGAGAAAACUGGAGUUCAGUCGCACAGUCAGGCUGUACUGCUCCUUUGUGACCAAGGAACUCCUGCUGAGCAAUCCCAAGUACGCUUUCUGGGAGGAAUACAUUGUCCCCUUAGAGCUGGAGAGCCCAACGCAGAUUUCUCUGGUUGAUGAAACAUCUGGAGAGAAAGAAGAUCUCGUGGUCACGUUACUUACCGCAGGCCACUGUCCCGGCUCUGUAAUGUUCCUGUUUGAGGGUUCCCAGGGAAACGUGUUGUAUACAGGAGACUUCAGGUUGGCCGCCGGAGACGCCUCGAGGAUAGAACAUCUGCACUCGGGCAGCAGAGUGAAGGAUAUUCAGAGUAUUUAUCUGGACUCCACUUUCUAUGACCCACGAUUCUACAAAAUUCCUACUCGGGAGGUCUGUCUGAACGGUAUCUUGGAGCUUGUUGGAAACUGGAUCAGUCAGAGUCCAUAUCAUGUUGUGUGGCUCAACUGUAAAGCUGCGUAUGGAUACGAGUACCUGUUUACCAACCUGGGAGAGGAGUUCAACACACAGAUCCAUGUCAGGAGUCUGGCGAUGUUCAAGAAGAUGCCAGAGAUCCUGAGCUACGUGACGACUGACCGCAGGACACAGAUCCAUGCAUGUCGACACCCUAAGGACGAGGAGUUUUUCCAAGGCAGCCGGCUGCCGUGUGGCUGCACAGCCUCUGACGGGACUCCUCUUCGCAUCAUUAGCAUCAAACCGUCCACCAUGUGGUUCGGAGAGAGAAUGAGGAAAACCAACGUGAUCAUAAAAACAGGAGCGAGUUCCUACAGAGCCUGCUUCAGUUUCCACUCCUCCUACUCAGAGCUUAAAGACUUUCUCUCGUACCUCCGGCCAGUCAACAUCUACCCCAGCGUUAUUCCUAUUGGUCGGACACUGACCGAGGUUACACAGAUGUUGAAGCUGAUGUGCAGGAACCAGUCGGAUGGAGCAGCGUUCAUAUACAAACCCCUGGGAGUCCUCAAGCGCAGUAAGGUGGAGCGACAUACAUACGAUUCAGACAGUGAUGACGAGCUGUUUGACGGGUUGGACCUGGAACCAGUGAGGAAGAAGAUGGGGCUGAACCAAGAACUAAAAAACGCGAACGCUGAGAGUCCUCAGAAAACAGCGCCCCCUGUGCCCGUGGAGGAGUCUUUACCUCUCGCGGUCACAGACGCGCAGCCUGUUGCACGCAACUUCGUGGACUGCACUGAGUCCAAUGAUGAAGAGGAAGAUGAGGAUCAGCAGGAGGAGGAGGAGAACGCGGAAAAGGGGGAUACAAAGCUGACGAAGGAGGAGACUGGGGCGAUAAAGGAAAGCGAGAGGAAUAAAGAACCUGAGAAAAAGGACACUGAGGUACCUGGUUCCCCUAAUCCUCCAAAAUGGGAGGAUUUCUUCACCACAGACACGCUGACAGACAGCCAGAACAGCCUCAACAGCCAAUUACAAUCCUGCUGCUCUGUCCCGAGCCCCGCCCCUUCCAGACUGACAGGUUCACAGACCCCGGAGCUGUUCAGCGACGAAGGAGAAACCCCCGACAACGACGAAAACUUCAGUCUCACCCUGUCUGCCUCUCUGUCAAAUCAUUCCUCCCAGAACCUGGACUCGUGUUUACCUGACACCUUGAUUCUCCAACCAGAGCAGGGGGGGCGGGAACAAGGAGACAAGAGGCCCAGUACUGUGGCUCAGGAGGAGAGCAACGACCAGAAGGAGCUGUCGGAGUCUCAGGUGUCGUCGGAUUACGAUAUUCCCUGCACGCCGGAGUCGAAAACGCCACGACCUGAUGAAUUGUCGCAGUUGUACAGGAAGCUGGCGUCAGGAGAGGAUGUGAUCAGAAAGCGAGACUGAAAGUAACGUUAAAGGGACGUUUUUGGUGAGCCACAUUCCUUCUAUUGGUCCACAGUAAGGUUAAAGGUUGUGGACAGGCCGAUAAUUAAUGUCCUCGCAAUACAAAUGGGUACAACAUGAAAGUGAGAGUCGCUCACUGUUCAGGCUGUGAGCUUUAUAGUGAAUGAGUCUCUGUUCUUCCAGACGUUCAGCUUGAAUCUACGCAGCUUUGUACGUUAUAGAGCUUCUAUAAUACCUCUCGUGCCUUUACAAGCUUCAGUCGAACCUCUAAACCACACAAACCUCACUUAACUACGUAAAGCAACAGAAACACACACACACGGUUCAUUCCUAUGCACUUUAAGUUCACCCGUGGCUCACAUGUACCAAUGCACCUGUGCACUUAACGGCUGACUCUCCCUCUUUGUUGGCAGUUUGUGGUUUGUUCUGCUUCUUCAUUGUGAAGUGGAUCAGUGUUUUUUGUCAAGCAUUUUUGUAUCGAAGCAGAACUUUUGUUUCAAAUAAAAAAAGUUUUAUUUCAACUGAA